AUGGAAAGUGGAGUGAGGCGAUGGCUGGUCAACGUCUCCCUUUGGAACCCUUCCGUGGACCAGUUUGCUUCGGUUGUUUCUCUUCUUCCGGAAGAUGAGCAGAGAACCAUCACCAAGUACAUGAAGUUUGAUGAUAGAAAACGAGCUCUUGUAAGUCGACUACUUCAAUACUCAAUUGUGCAUGAAGUUUUAGGUAUACCUUAUGACAAGAUAAUUAUACAUCGGACGCUUGAGGGCAAACCGUAUCUGAUUAAUGGCAUAGGCUCUCCAUUUUCAAAUUUCAACUUCAACGUGUCACAUCAUGGAGAUUACGUUGGCAUAGCAUCUGAUCCUCUCUGUCUUGUUGGUCUGGAUAUCGUUUCCAUUAUGAUACCAGAACAAACAACAGAACAUGAGUUCAUGAGUAAUUUUUCAUCAUAUUUAACUGCAUUAGAGUGGAAGAACAUUGCAAAGACUGGUACUUCAGAAGUAAAGUUGUGUGAGUUCUACAGAUACUGGUGUCUAAAGGAGGCAUUCGUCAAAGCUACUGGUGCUGGCUUGGGCUUUGGUUUUCACAGGCUGGAAUUUCACCACAAAAACUGGACUGAUAUAUCAGUUUAUAUCGAUGGAAUUGAAUCAAGGGAAUGGAAGUUUUCACUUUACAAGAUUGAUGAACGGCACUGGGCAUCCAUUGCCAGAGGACUUGCUAACGGAGCCGACGAACAAUUUGAUGCUAGUUUACCUGUCGCGGAGGUUGGGUUCAUUCAAAGAACAGUCGACCAACUCAUUCAGAGUCGUAGCCAUGGAGCUCAACAAAAUAGUUGCUAA